GCCCAAAAUGCUGGAAGGUCCCGUCUUCGAUUUUGCCAAGGCGAAUGGGAUGCCCCCUGGCCCAUCAGCCUUACCAAUUGCUCAAGCACUCACCAGUGGUCGGGUGUCAGCAAGCCACAAGAACAAGUGCCCAAGCGGAAGCACCCAAGCAUGGACCUCCUCACCUCCAGCUUCCUCAACUCGGCCGCACCGACAGAUACGUAAGGCUAAUGCAGCACGGGUGGCUGUGCUGUGCCCCAGUUGCCCAGCGAACAAAUCGCUGCCUGGAUCUUUUGGCCUCAAUCCACUCCCGUCUGGUCUAUACUAUCGCCCAAGUUGCACUGCAUCGAGUUGCUCACGUUUAAAUUCUGCCGAAUGCGACUGAGAUGGCCGUUGUGCGUAGCUGAAGGGUGAGACUCGGGCCGCUAUGUAACCUAUCAGCCAAGUAAUAACCAUACAGAUUGCGUGCUGGAAAUCCUACGACACCCUAAUAAGAGCCAUUGUGUAAGUCCCUCCCCGGGUCGGGGACCGGACCUACGAUCAGUCACGGGCACAUUCCAUAGGUUUGGGUCACGGAAACACACAACAGCGAAAUCCUUCCUUACCUGGCCCGACUG